AAUUAUAAGGACAAUGGUGAGGGUUGCUCAGGAUGGUUCCGGCGAUUACUGCACCGUUCAGGAUGCGAUCGACUCGGUGCCUCUUGAAAACACUUGUCGGGCUGUGAUCUGUCUCUCACCGGGGAUAUAUCGGCAACCAGUGCGUCUAGAGUCAUCGGGACGGGAACGUUUGGGUGCGGGACUGUUAUUGUUGAAGGUGAAGACUUUAUUGCAUAGAGCAUUACCUUUGAGAACUCUGCUCCGGAAGUCACUGCAGACCGUUGUGCUUUUUAUAACUGUCGGUUUCUCGGCUGGCAGGUUUACCCAAUCUUCUUCUAGCUUACUGCAAACUCUGAAACGACAGGAUACAUUGUAUUUGCAUCAUGGGAAACAAUAUUUAAAAGACUGCUAUGUAGAAGGAAGCGUGGUUUUCAUAUUAGGAAACAGCACCACACUCUUGGAACACUGCCAUAUCCACUGCAAAUCUCAGGGUUUCAUAACAGCACAGAGCCGAAAAACGUCUCAGGAAUCUACUGGUUACGUAUUCCUAAGAUCGCAAUGGUUU